AUGGACAAACGGUGUGCGGAGUCCGAUCAGAGCAACAGCGUGGAAGGCGGCUUUGUGUGCCGCAUCUGCUACCGUGGUUCCGGCGACUUGUUCGCACCUUGCGAGUGCCGCGGCACCAUGGCCCUGACCCACAAGGCCUGCCUCGAGCGAUGGCUGCGCGAGCGGGACACCGACCAGUGCAACGUCUGCCUCGCUCGCUUCAGGGUUCGUCGCGUCCAGCCGCCACUUCACAAGUUCUUCGCGGAAUCGAGCAACCGGGGCGACGUGCUGCGUAUGGUGGUGAACCUGAUCUCGGCUGCCGGGGACGUGGUGGUGCUCGUGUUCGCGUGGAGUUACGCCAGUCGUUUCCUCGGCAGCCUCGGCUGGUUCCUAUAUCUGCUUGUCGUGGCCCUGCUCGUCUUCCAGACAUUAUUUUGGAUUAUGGUCGAAUGUGCGAGGGUGUGGUAA